AGUGAGAAACCGGCAAAUCGCAAAAGGUCCAAAAGAGGGAAAAAAAAAAUGCCCCUUCUACGCUCGUCUCACCUUCUUCACUCACACUUCCCAACGGCUCCAACGACCAACCGCUAUUUCCCGCCACCGGGCCCAACGACCAACCGCCUUUCUCUUCCAUCCCCGCAACGACGUCGUUUAUUCACCUCCACAGCCCAAAAUCCCUUCCUCUCUCUCCCAUUCCACGCCAAGCCUCUUCUUCGCUGCUUCUCCGCCUCUUCCAUGUCCGCUUCAACGGCGUCUCCUUCGACCUCUCAGGAUUGUAGUUUGUUGUAUUCGAGGGCGUAUUGGGUGAGUGAAUCGAUCAUCGCUUGGAAUGUGGAUGUUGGAAAUGGUUCUUGUUUCCUAUUUGCUAGCAAAACCGCUGAUUUGUCACUUACGGAGAACGAUGGUGUUCAAGGGCAGGAUUUGAAAGUUAAGCUUGAAGAAGAUGGCUACAAUCUUCCUGAAAAUGUGAUUGCAAAGUUCCCUCACAUUCACAACUACAGAGCUUAUAGAGUACCUCCUCAUUUAGAUGUCAAACAACUCCUCAAGUGCCAAUUGGCAGUUGCUGCUUUUGAUUCUGAUGGAAAAUGCAGCAAUGCUACUGGUUUGCAGUUACCUGGAGUCCUGGAUGAGUUGUUCUCAUAUAGUGGUCCUCUUGGUGCAGUUUAUUCAAGUGAAGCUAUAUCGCUUUUCCUCUGGGCGCCCACUGCGCAAGCGGUACAAGCUUUGAUUUAUAAGGACCCUUCUGGUGAAAGUUCUCUAGAAAUUCUCCAGCUUGAAGAGACUAAUGGUGUUUGGAGUAAAAAAGGUCCAAAAAGUUGGGAUGGUUGCUAUUAUAUAUAUGAAGUAUCCGUCUACCAUCCUAGUGCUUUGAAAAUUGUCAAAUGCUAUGCAAACGAUCCAUAUGCCAGAGGGCUCUCAGCCGAUGGGGGCAGGACAUUGUUUGUCGAUAUUGCUUCUGAUAUUCUAAAACCUGAAGGAUGGGAUAAAUUGGCAUAUGAAAAACCUAAUUUACUUUCUUUCUCAGACAUAAGUAUAUAUGAGUUGCAUGUGAGGGAUUUCAGUGCCACUGACCUGACAGUAAAUGAUGAAUUUCGAGGUGGUUAUUUGGCCUUCACUUUACAGGACUCGGCAGGUGUAUGCCAUCUAAAGAAAUUAUCAGAUGCUGGUAUUACUCAUGUCCAUUUACUUCCGACCUACCAGUUUGGCGGUGUUGUUGAUGAGAAGGAUAAGUGGAAGUCUGUUGACACCAAGAUACUUGAGAAGUUUGCUCCGGAUUCAGCUGAGCAACAAUCGCUAAUUACUGCAAUCCAAGAUGAUGAUGGUUAUAACUGGGGGUAUAAUCCUGUUCUCUGGGGAGUCCCAAAAGGAAGCUAUGCAUGUAACCCAAAUGGUUCAUCCCGUAUUCUUGAGUUUAGAAGGAUGGUUCAGGCACUUAACCAUAUUGGACUACGUGUUGUAUUGGAUGCUGUCUAUAAUCAUUUACAUGGAAGAGGGCCCUUCGAUGAAAAUUCAGUUCUUGAUAAGAUUGUUCCAGGUUACUAUUUGAGAAGAAACACUGAUGGUUUUAUUGAGCAAAGUACAUGUGUCAAUAACACUGCCAGCGAGCAUUUUAUGGUUGAGCGUUUAAUUAUUGAUGAUCUUCUGCAUUGGGUUGUCGAUUACAAGGUCGAUGGGUUUCGGUUUGACCUUAUGGGUCAUUUAAUGAAAAGAACAAUGAUAAAAAGCAAAGAUGCACUCUCCAGCCUAACGAAGGAAAGAGAUGUCAUUGAUGGUUCAAGUGUUUAUAUAUAUGGUGAAGGGUGGGACUUUGGUGAAGUUGCCAAGAAUGGACGUGGGAUAAAUGCAUCACAAUUUAACCUUUAUGGAACUGGAAUUGGGAGUUUCAAUGAUCGAAUUCGGGAUGCGACACUUGGUGGAUCUCCAUUUGGGCAUCCACUUCAGCAAGGAUUUAUAACUGGUCUAUUGUUGCAGCCUAAUGGUCAUGAUCAUGGCCCCCAUGCUGAAGAAAUGCUUGCAUCGUCAAAGGAUCACAUCCAGGUUGGGAUGGCUGCAAAUUUGAGAGAUUUUGUGCUUGGAAAGAGCAAACAAGUAAAAGGAUCUGAAGUAUUAACUUACGAUGGAUCACCUGUUGCUUAUGCUUCAUGCCCCACAGAAACCAUUAAUUACGUUUCUGCACAUGAUAACGAGACUCUGUUUGACAUUAUCAGCCUUAAGACUCCAAUGGAAAUUUCUGUCGAUGAAAGAUGCAGGAUUAAUCAUUUGGCGACAAGUAUAAUAGCACUGUCACAGGGGAUACCAUUUUUCCACUCUGGAGAUGAGAUGCUCCGCUCAAAAUCACUUGAUCGGGAUUCAUACAACUCGGGUGACUGGUUUAACAGACUUGACUUUACAUACAAUUCAAACAAUUGGGGUGUUGGCCUUCCUCCAAGGGCAAAGAAUGAGACUAACUGGCCGCUAAUUAAACCUAGAUUGGCAGAGUCAUCAUUCAAGCCUCAGAGAAAUCACAUACUUGCUGCAGUCGAGAAUUUCUCAAACUUGUUACGUAUUAGGUACUCUUCACCGCUUUUCCGUUUGAAGACGGCAAAUGCAAUCCAGGAGCGAGUACGUUUCCACAAUACAGGUUCUUCAUCAAUCCCCGGAGUCAUAGUAAUGAGCAUUGAAGAUGGUCACGAAGGUCUCCCAGGGUUGUCCCAACUGGAUCCAAUCUAUUCAUACAUUGCGGUUAUCAUCAAUGCAUGUCCAACUGUGGUUUCAUUCUCUAGUCCCACACUAAGGGCUAGAACUCUUCAAAUACAUCCUGUACAGUUGGCAUCUGCUGAUCAAGUAGUCAAGAGCUCUACUUAUGAAGCGUCCACAGGACGCUUCACUAUUCCUCCACGGACAACAUGUGUGUUUAUUGAGCCUCGGAAAACUUGACGACUAUUUGAUCUCAGACAGGUUUUAUUUUUUUAUAUGUUUGAUGAUAAGUGCCGCAAUUUAGCAUUGACAUCGCAAGUUUUCCACGAAUUUCGGUUCUCAGUCUUCUU